AAUAACUUGAUUGAGUCAUGGCAACACAUUGCUUCUUUGCGGCUAUUCUCCUCUUUGUCACCCUUCAAACAACAGUGGCAGAAUCGGUUGGUGUUUGUUAUGGGAGGAAUGGAGAUGAUUUGCCAUCGGAAGCACAAGCGGUUAACCUGUACAAGCAAUAUGGGAUAAGCAGCAUGCGAGUUUUCGACCCCGUCCCGGCGGUUCUGGAUGCUCUCAGGGGAACCCAAAUCCAAGUCAUUCUCUGCAUCCCUAAUCCCACCCUGCAAUCGCUCACCGAUCCCGCCGCUGCUGAGCGCUGGGUCCAAACAUUUGUCAAAAACUACUAUCCAGAUGUGAAAUUCAAGUACGUAGCUGUUGGGAACGAGGUUUUGCCUAACACCCCCACCGCUCAGUUCGCCGAUUUCGUUCUCCCGGUGAUGCAGAACGUGUACAAUUCCUUGGCGGCUUCCGGGUUGCAGGAACGGAUCAAGGUCUCCACGGCGACGUUCUCCGCGGUUCUGGCCAACACCUACCCGCCGUCAGAGAGCGUGUUCCGCCACGACGCCGCCGAGUUCGUCGUCCCGAUUGUGCAGUUCCUGGCGGCGAAGAACUGCCCUCUGCUGGCGAAUAUUUACCCGUAUUUCGCCCGCGUCGGCGACCCGGCCCACGUCCCCCUCGCGUUCGCGCUGUUCGAGAACUCCGCCCCCAACGACGCCGGAUACACCAACCUGUUCGACGCAAUGCUCGACGGGUUUUACUACGCCGCCGCUAAGGUAGCGGCGCCUAACAUCGACGUUGUUGUUUCCGAGACCGGUUGGCCGUCUUCCGGCGGCGGUGAUGCCGCCACCACUAACAAUGCUCAGGCUUAUUAUAGGAACAUGAUUCGACAUGUGAAGAAUGGGACUGGAACGCCAUUGAAGCCUGGAAAACCAAUGGAGGUUUACCUGUUCGCCAUGUUCGAUGAAAAUCUGAAAAUUGGGGAUGAAACUGAGAAGCAUUUCGGCCUUUUCUUCCCCAAUCAACAGCCAAAGUAUCAAAUUUCUUUCAAAUAAUUAUAUUCUUCGCCGCUCCUCAAUAAUAAUGUUAUCUUUUUUAAUAAGGAUUGAUCCAGAAACUGUAGAAUUGUUGUAUUAAGUGGAAUAAUAAGUUUGAAUCCCAAACUAGUAUUUGGGCUAAUGUAGAUGAAUUGAGAUUCUAUCUCUUCAUUUCUCUCAUU